AUGUGGAGGGCGCCUGGCCACAGAGGAACCUUCCUCCUGCUGCUUCACCUGGACAUGAGAGUGAAGAAGACCAGCGUGGCUUUGCAAGACAAGGGGCAAGCGAGGCUGCUGGGCACUGCCCAAGGUGAGCGCAGCCCUGCAAUGCCCGUGACCCCACCAGAAUGGACUCAGGCUGGUGACUCCUGUUUUCCACCCUCCCUCCCAGCAGACAAGUCUAUAAGUGACUCCAGAGGCCGACAUAUCGUCUUCUUCCCCAGACUCCCUCUGAAGAUGCUCCUGCUGCUCCUGUUCCACAUUGCCUUUCCCCUGCUCCCUGGUGCUCAGACUGGUGAGAUCAUUGGUGGACAGGAAGCCAAGCCCCACUCCAGACCCUAUAUGGCCUAUCUGGAUAUACAACGUGAAGACAAGAGGAUUCUCUGUGGAGGGUUCCUGGUGGCAGAGAACUUUGUGCUGACGGCCGCUCACUGCAAUGGAAACAAGAUCACUGUGUACCUGGGAGCCCACAACAUUAAACAACAGGAACAGAGUCAACAGAAAAUCUCUGUGCGACGCCAGAUCCCACACAGUAAAUACAACAGAGAGACCCUUAACAAUGACAUCAUGCUGCUGCAG